CUCGAAAUAUUCGUUUGAAAAUCGUCAGAGUUAUACCUGCGGCUUGAACCUACUCGUUUACAAAUCUAAUUCAUCAACUUCAUCGAAAAUGACGGACAAAGUAGCACCAGUGGCAACGCCCGUGUCCGGAGCAACAUCCGUGGCUUCGAGUGCAUCGCCGGUCAAAGCAAAGUCUGCGGUGUCGAAAAAACCCCGGGCUAAACCCUCGCAUCCUAAAGUGGCGGACAUGGUGAAUUCCGCAGUCAAGGAGCUCAAAGAACGCGGUGGAUCUUCUCUCCAAGCGAUCAAGAAAUACAUGACCGGAACCUACAAAAUCGACGCAGAGAAGCAAGCUCCGUUCAUCAAGCGAUACAUCAAAUCCGCUCUCGCAUCUGGAACUCUCGUCCAGACCAAAGGCAAAGGUGCUUCUGGAUCGUUCAAACUUUCGGCGUCAGCCAUAAAAGCUGCAACUGUCAAGCCGAAAGCCGUUAAAAAAGUUGUCAAGCCUAAAACCGCUGUGAAGAAAGCUCCAGCUGCCAAGAAACCAGCAGCUGCGAAAAAAGCGGCAAGUCCAAGCAAACCAAAAAAGGUUGCAGCGAAAAAACCAGCGACCGCGACGAGUGAGAAGAAAAAGACGACCAAAGGACCAGCGGCCAAGCCACCAAAGGUAAAAACCACCAAGGCCAAGCCUACGCCAAAAACUUCACCAAAAAAAGUCAAGGCUGCUGCACCUAAAAAGGUCAAGUCAGCUGCUGCCGCUUCACCAAAACCCAAAAAAACCGUACCCAAGAAAGCUUCAGUCGCUAAGAAGUGAAUUACGUUGUCACUUCGGGACAACAAAACUCGAACGGCCCUUUUCAGGGCCACCACAUUUUCAAACGUUGAAACAUUCCUGUCGUUAAGUCUACUCUUAGCAUUUUAUUUUCCUAUGAACUCUAUGAACAUUUAUUUUCAGCAUUUGAGUUCUUGAUAUCGGAUUUUUUCGUUACAUGUUUAGAAUCUCAUCGAAAUUUCGGAAAAUGCUCUCAGUCAAGAUCGCAUUUUAACCGUGAAAUUCAUUAUACGGAGACGAGUAAACAUGCGGUCGUCCUACCGACGAGAAUAUGCGUAGUUAGACUAUGAAUUUAUUUCAUAUCAAUUAUUUAGUAAUAAUAAUAAUAAUGAUGGGAAUGAACAAAAGGGGCUGGGAAUGGCCGAGUUAACUCGGAGCCCUUUUAUCUGCGUUAAAACAUCCGAAUUAAGUUUAAAUUUGCUGUGCUGGAAUAAUGAAGAAGUAUUCAUUUCAUUCAUUUUACUUUCUAUUGGGUUCCUAGAAAGUGCUUUGAUCAUUUCGUUAUUGAAUUGAUUUUUUAUUACUAUUUGCUAUAGAUGCUAUAUUGCACCAUUUUAUACGAUGAGAAAACUGCUCUUGAAUACAAAGAGAUGAAUAUUUCAUUGAAUCUAAAGUUGAAUAUAAUACCGUCGAGUUUUCCUCUGGAAACGUCGAUUUUUCAACAUUUCAGUUGAUAAAAUAUUUUCAGUUAAUUACUAAAUAACUUUGAUAAUAUUAGCUGCCUCUAUAAAGAUUCCAGGGAAACUUCGAAAGGCUAUAACCGUUCAACAGCCGUUUGUUCUCGAUCUUCGCAUGCGUAUAUUCAUUCUCGUUGAAAUAUCGAGAAUAGGGUUUUGUAGACAGAAACGGUUAUACGCGGGGAGACUAAACUUCGCCACGAGCAAUAAAAAGGAGCUCGAAAGCAGAAACGAAGUAACGGUUGCCGAGAGGCCCAAAAUCGAUUCCGUAAGAAGGUAGAUAAUCAGAGAACCUCGCAGCUGCGAAAAGUACUACGCAACAAGAAAUAAAACUCCGUCCAACUGUUAGUCUGGUAUACUCAUCGAGACUCGACUAUAAACAUCUUCCAAUAUUUUUCAUAUUAUUCGGUUUGAACUUUCGAGCGGAGCAUCCGUGCAUGACUAGUAAUCCACUCAUUUCCUGUUCAAA